AUGGCAGCCAAGAACGUCAGACACGCAGCCACGUCCCUGCCCCCGCCGCCGCCCCCGCCGCCCCCUGCGGCCCGCGGGCCGGCGCGCGUCUUCUACGUCGACGCGUCCGCGGCAUACUCGGAUGACAACAUCCCACGCUGCGACCCCGAAGACCCCGACAGCCCGCUCGCCGCAGUGCAGCGCCUCCUCGCCGCGCGCCGCCCCGGGCGCGGCGCGGCGGGCGGCGUGGUGCCGCACCACUCGACGGGCCCGUACGCCGGCGGCUGGUUCGUCGCGCAGGCGCUGCUCGCGUCGGAGCACGUGACGACCGACGAGUCUGAGGCGUCGAUCACGUACCUCGACGUGCACUGCUACUACGCGACCGCGAUGCUGUCGCGGCGUCUUCGUCCGAAGGACGUCAAGCGGCUCGGGUUUGACGCCGCCGAGGUGCUCGGGAGCGUGCUGAAGGCCGCCGCCGCCAGCUCAACGGGGUCCAAAACGGCGGUGUUCCUGCCCGGCCCCCUGCCGGCGCGGCUGAGGGGCAAGUGCAAGAGCGAGCUGCAGCUCAACUCGACCUUCGUCGUGGCGCACUCUCGCCCGGCAACAUGUGUGGUGCCGUCUCGAAUGAUGCUCGCGCCCGUGCCCAGCAACGACGGCGCGGCGCCUGCGCCCGUGCCGGCCCCAAUCGCCGGCACGGGCUGGAGCGGCGACGGCGCGAGCGGCAAGCUGUACAAAGGUCGCAAGGUGCUGCUGACGUUCGCCGGCGAGGCGUCCGACGCCGCGGGGGCGAGCGCGGGCAUGAAAUUGCGCCACGCGGCAAUCAAGGCCCUGCAGGGCGGCCGCGGCGCCGUCGGGCGCGCGACGUGCGAGUCCUGCAACGGGAGCGCCCGCCUGGCGCGGGAGGACCUGCUGCGCCUGUACCGCGGGUCGAAAUUCUGCCUCGUCAUCCCCGGCGACGGCCAAGCCGGGCGCAUGUUGACCGAGGUCGUCCUGCAGGGCUGCAUCCCGGUGUUCGUCGGCCCGCCGUUCGCCACCGUGCCGCUCGCGUCGCACCUCGACUACCGGAGCUUUUCGGUCGCGAUAUCCGUCACGAACACCAAGCCGUGGGCCGCGAGCGCCGCGGCCCGCAAGGCGGUGCUCAAGCGGAAGGCCGGGUUUGAGGUCAACGCCAACGUCGAAACGAUCGACGAGGUCCUCGACGAGAUCCAGGACCUCACGGCGGCGGAGAUUUCGGAGCUGCAGGGGGCCCUCGAGGGCGCGCGGCGGGCGUUCAUGUACCGGACGCGCCUCGACCCCGGCGACCCGAGCGCGACGGACCUGAUUGUGGAGCAGAUCGUGGAGUGGGCGGACGCGGCGGUGGUGGUGGACGGCGGCGGCAAGGGCAAGGGCAGCGGGCGCAAGCUGGCGCUGUAG